AUGGUAAGCAAGCCAAAGCCCACGCCUAAGAAGGAAGAACCUGCAACCCAAGCAGAGGGACAGGUGCAGGCACAGGCACCGGAACAGCCACAAACACAAACACAACCAGAAUCACAACCCCAGCCAUCCUCCUCGGCCCCCGGUAACAACCUCGCUAUGGGCUCUGAAUUGGAAACAGCCGUUGGGAAUAUGGUUGAGAUGGGCUUUGAUAGGGAUUUGGUUAUGAAAGCAAUGAGAGCUUCAUUUAAUAACCCUGAGAGAGCAGUUGAGUAUCUUAUGAACGGUAUUCCCGGGGGUGUAGGUGAGACAGAGCAGCCAGAGCAACCAGAGCAAUCAGGGCAAUCAGGGCAAUCAGGGCAAUCACAACAAGCACCUCUCAACCUUUUUGACGCAGCUCGUCAGCAAAAUACUCCCGCUACUACACAACAACCCGCUCAAUCACAACCAUCUGGAUUAGAUAGCACUGCAGGUGGACAACCAGCUCAACUAGCUCAACUAGUUCAAGCCGCACAAGAGAACCCAGCAUUGUUACAAUCACUUAUACAAGAGAUAGCCCAAUCAAAUCCAACAUUGGCGCAGUUAUUGACUCAAAACCCACAAGCAUUAGUGGAAUUACUCAGUGGUGAAGGCGGCGAUGGUGAAUUUGAAGACAGUGAAGGUCCUGGUCAGGUUAUACACCUCACUGAAGAACAGGGCGAGGCUGUUUCACGGUUAGAAGCGUUGGGUUUCACAAGGGAAAUGUCUGCACAGGCGUUACUUGCAUUUGAAGGCGAUGAGAAUCUCGCAGCCAACUACCUGUUUGAACAUCAAGAUGAAAUGUAG